AUGUUGGAGGCGCUGGACCUCUCGGAUGCGGCAAAAGUCCUUACUGAUCCCUCAGACACAGAGUUUCAGGAACUCCUCGCACGAUGGACUGAUAUCGACAAGAAAGUCCCGUUUGCGAUUGUCAUGCCCGCCAGCGAAGAUGAUAUUGUAGAAACAGUCAAAGCAGCUGUCAGCUCGUCGGUGCCAUUUGUACCCAAGUCAGGUGGUCACAGUGCGUGGUCCACGAUUGGCUCAGAUGGCUUUGUAUUAGAUCUCAGUCUUCUUCGAAAGGUGGACGUCGAUGUCGAGAAAGGAACCGCCACUGCGAGUGCGGGAGCCCAGAUUCGCGAUGUGAUGGACGCUACAUGGUCGAAAGGGUUUGUUGCUGUUACGGGAACUGUUAACACGGUUGGUUUCAUACCUUCGACCGUUGGCGGCGGGUUGACAAUCCUGGCACCACUGUUGGGCUACGGCUCCGACAAUGUGGUCGCGGCUCGGCUCGUUACCGCAAAGGGUGAGCUGAUUACAGUCUCCGAGUCCGAAAAUACAGAGCUUCUGUACGCCAUCAAGGGCGCCGGCCAAUUUUUCGGCGUCAUCACCUCUCUUACUGUCAAGGUACACCCAAUAUCCAUAAUUGGUAAUCCUGAAGGCCUAGUUUGGCAUUCGACCUGGAUUUUCGAUCCAUCCAAGGCGCUUGAGGUUGCAAAAGCUGCAAUCUCUGUUAAAAGCGCCGAAAGGUCGUACUGUUUAGCAGGGAUAUUACCCUCGCCUAUGACAUUCGAGCCCGUUGUCAUGGUUAUUGGUUCCUAUCUUGGUCUUAAAGAAGACGCAAUGAAGGCCUUCCAGCCUUUCAUUGAUAUAGGGCCCGAUGUGGUCGCUGCUGAUGAAGAAUUGCCGUACGGGAAAAUCAAUGACGCCUUUGCUGCUUUCGAAGCUAAAGGAGGAUACAAGAAGUGGUAUGCUCCAGGUCUUACAGACAUGGCUCAAUUUCAACCAGAAGACAUGGUAUAUUACCUGGAACAGAAGAGAAAAAUCGAUGAGCAGUUUCCUACUGCAAAGGGAAGCGGGUUCGUCAUUGAAUUUACGAGUGACGGAGCUUUCGAUGAGGUGCCAGCGGAAAAGGAGACGGCAUUCGCGCAUCGAGAUGUGAAGGCUUAUGCCCAUAUGCUUUCAUGGGCCUCAGACGAAGAAUCGGUGAACUCAGCGGCAGUUAUUGUGGAGGAGGUUAUGGACCACGUGCGCCGAAAUCAGCCAAAGGAGAAAUACUCGUUCUACCAGAACUUCUCACGAGAGAUACCAAUCGAGCAACGGUAUAAAGGGGCUGAAAGACUGGAGAAGCUCAAGGAUCUGAAGAAAAUAUGGGAUCCUCAGGGUGUUUUCACUAAGCAACUACUGUGA